AUGUCGCUAAUACAACUCUAUAUUCCUGCAGAGGUCGCUCAACCUUGUGUUGCCGAGUUGGGUGAACUUGGCAAAGUCCAAUUCAGAGACCUUAAUCCGGAUGUCAAUGCUUUCCAACGUUCGUUUGUAUCCGAGAUUAGAAGACUGGACGAAAUGGAACGCCAGUGUCGCUUUUUUGAAAACCAAAUCACGAAAGCCGAUAUCCCGCAGCGUCCGUUGACUGCAGCAACAUCCAUGAGUCGCGCGCGGUCGGCUCAAGAGAUUGAUGACCUUGAAGAGAAACUCCGAGAGCAUGAAAUCCGAGUGUCCCAAAUGAACAGCUCUUAUGAAACGCUUCAACGACGAUACCUCCAGUUGACCGAACUCCGACACGUUUUGCGUGAGACCAACGUGUUCUUUCAAGAGGUGGAAUCCAGACAAGAUACGAUCCGUCCCUCCAUUGAUGAGAACGAUGCUACCGCACCUUUAUUGGACCAUGAUGUGGAAGAGCAAGCUCACUAUGAUUUGAACCAUUUGAACUUGAAUUACGUGACCGGUGUGAUUGCUCGAUCACGUAUGCAGACCUUUGAACGUGUGUUGUGGCGUUCCCUGCGUGGUAAUCUUUACAUGAACUCGGCGGAAAUCGAUGAACAAAUUGUCGAUCCUGUGACCGAUGAAGUGGUGGACAAGAACGUGUUUGCCAUCUUUGCUCACGGCCGUGAAAUUAUUGCCAAGAUUAAGAAGAUCUCUGAGAGUUUGGGCGGUACGCUUUACUCGAUCGAUGAUUCCUUGGAUAAGCGUCGUGAUGCUCUGUUGGAAGUCACUAAUCAAAUUGAAGAUUUCAACAACGUCUUGUCGAAUACCAGCCAAACCCGCCGCUCCGAGCUUGUCAAGAUCUCCGAAAACUUGACAGCUUGGACUACGAUUGUUCGCAAGGAAAAGGCCAUAUACCAUACAUUGAACUUGUUCAACUACGAUGUCAAUCGCAAGUGCCUCAUUGCUGAAGGAUGGUGCCCAACCAAUGAUAUCCCUUUAAUCCAACAUGCACUCAAGGAUGCUACUGAUGCAUCUGGUACCAACUUACCCUCUAUCCUCACUGUGCUUCGUACCAAGAAGAAGCCUCCGACUUACCACCGUACCAACAAGUUCACGGAAGGAUUCCAAAGUAUCAUCAAUGCUUACGGCACCGCCCGUUAUCGCGAAGUGAACCCGGGUCUUUUCACCGUGAUUUCGUUCCCGUUUUUGUUUGCUGUCAUGUUUGGUGAUAUCGGGCACGGUUUCCUGAUGCUGUUGUUUGCCCUGUAUCUUGUUUUGAAUGAAAAGAAACUGGCAAGCAACAAUGGCGAGAUCUUUAAAAUGUUCUUUGCCGGUCGUUACAUGAUGUUGUUGAUGGCCAUCUUUUCCAUUUUCACCGGUUUUAUCUACAACGAUAUCUUUUCGCUCAGUCUCAACAUGUUCAAGUCGGGCUUUGACUGGCCGACCGAGUACAAUUCGACCGACGUUGUGGAAGGUGUACCGAAUGGCAACGUCUAUGCAUUUGGUUUGGAUCCGUCAUGGCACGGAUCUGAAAAUUUCCUUCUAUUUACCAAUUCGUACAAAAUGAAACAAGCUAUCAUCUUGGGUGUGGUUCACAUGUCCUUUGCUAUUUGUCUCAACGUAUUCAACCAUAUCCAUUACAAUCGCAAGGUCUUUAUUUGGCUUGAAUUCUUGCCUCAGAUCCUGUUCAUGGAGUGCAUUUUCGGCUAUCUGAUCUUCUGUAUCAUGUACAAGUGGAGUGUCGAUUGGUGGGCUUUGGAUGAAAAUGGUCAUCACAUUCAUAAUGCUCCACCCAAUCUUCUCAAUAUGCUCAUUUACAUGUUCUUGACGCCCGGCAAAGUCGAUCCCAAGGAACAAUUGUACCCUGGCCAGGGUCCUGUUCAAGCAGUCUUGAUUUUGAUUGCGGUCGUCUGCGUGCCGUGGAUGUGGUUUGCCAAGCCUUACUACUUGAAGCGAGAGCACAGUCAGCAUCGUUAUGAAUCCGUUGGCAACGAGGAUCAUGACAGUGAUGAAGCCGGUCGUGCUGUCUCUGGAUCUACGGUCGCUGAAGAAGACGACGAUGAAGAAGAAGAAGAAUUUGAUUUUGGCGAAGAAAUGAUCCAUCAAACAAUCCAUACCAUUGAAUUCUGUCUCAACUGUAUCUCCAAUACUGCUUCGUAUUUGCGUUUGUGGGCCUUGUCGCUUGCUCACGCCCAAUUGUCAAGCGUUUUGUGGGACAUGACCUUGAAGAUUUGGUUCGGUUUCACUGGGGUGAUUGGUGUGAUUGGUUUAGUGAUUGGAUUCUCUAUGUGGUUUGUCUUGACCCUCAGCAUUUUGCUGGCGAUGGAAGGUUUAUCUGCUUUCCUUCACGCGCUUCGUCUUCACUGGGUCGAAUUCGAUGGCAAAUUCUACAUGGGUGAUGGUAUCCCAUUCGAACCUUUUGCUUUUAGCACUUUAUCAGAAGCCAAGGCCGAAUAA